AUGCCUUCUCCAUCCCCAGAGGAAAAGCAGACGCAGAGGGACAAGCUCCUCGCGCAAGCGACCGCCAAGCUCCAGGAGGCGCAGCAGGAGGCCGAGGAGGCGCAGCGAGCCCGCCAGCGCGCCGAGGGGGUCGAGGACCCUGAGGAGAAGAAGAAGAUCCUCGCCGAGGCGGCCGAGCACGAGAAAAAGUCAAAGUCGCUGGAGAAGCAGUCGCAGCGGCUGCAGAGCGGCGUCUGGCAGGGCGGCAUCGGCGGCGCGGGCAUCGGCGCGGGAAUCGGCACAGGGCUGGGCGCCGGCGUGGGGACCCUCGUGGGCGCCGUCGUCGGCGGCGUCACGGCGAUUCCGACGACCGGGCUCGGCCUCCUGGUCGGCGCCGGGACCGGCGCGAUCCACGGGCCGUGGUACAAGCUGGACCAGGAGAAGGAAGAGGCGGGGGAAGGGUCCCACGAUGGGCACGAGGAGGACGUGGGGGACGGAAAGGAUGCCAAGUGA